AGUUUCGCGCAUCGCACCGGCUUUCGACAGCUUCUGUGCUGCAGUUUGUUGCGCUGGCACUUCGAUUGUACGACCUCAUUAACUCGAAUCAUGGACAUGGAGGGGCCGUAUUUGGUGAUCCCUACGAAGCGGGGCGCGGUGCCCACGUUGACUCCGGCACAGGCGAACGCGAUUUUGGCGCCGGAGGAGCGCAUUGUGGCAACGAGCGUAUUUGACGCCGUGGACUUCGUGAAGCCGUGUGCUGAAUCGGGAAUGUCCAUGAGCGAGUUCUGCGGGCUGCGCGGGUACAAGACAGUGCUGACGCUGCGGUCCUCCUUUCAGGGCUCCCACACUAGUGCUGCGUCGACCGACGCGGCGGUGGCGGGUGACAGCGAGAAAGGACGCGCCAUCGUGUCGAUAGACAAGUGGGAGGAAGUGGUGAGGGCAACGAAGCCGGUGAUCGCGGUGGAGCUCCACGAGUCCGUGGCGCUGUCGGAGCCGCUGAACAAGCGACGUCGCGUAGCAGCCACGCGAUCGGAAACAUGGCAGACCAAGACGGAGGCGCUCGCCGAGCUGGGUUGUGAACUGAUGCCGUCUAUAUCGGUCAGAGGCCCACACGCCGCUGGUUUUAUUGAUGCUGUGCCGCGCAAUGAGAACGCGCUUGAGUUUUUCGAUGCCUUGCAAUCGCUCAAUCUAGCUGCUGCGGGGCCCAGCAUGUGCGUCGCGCCCAGCGUCUCCGCACUGGUGGCCGCGAUGUUGAACGACGUCACGUUUAUUGAAUGCCCGUUGCCGUGGGUGUUGGCUGAGAAAGGCUUGGCAAUUGUUUUUCAACUCUGCAGUGGUGGCUCUGACGAUGCAGAGGCUGCAACGCCGCUCUUAGACUUCAACGACAACGUCUUCGCACUGGAUAUUCGUCCCAUCUCCUCGAGCUGCCCGUGCUUCACGUGCACGCGACACAGUCGCGCCUACCUGCAUCAUCUACUGACCGUGCAGGAGAUGAACAGUGACAUUUUGUUGUCCAUUCACAACCUGUCGCAGGUGACGCGGCUCGUGCGGGCGUAUCGCGGUGCCAGCGCGGAGGAGCAGGACUCGCUUACACGCCGGGUGUUGUCGGCGUUCUAG